CUCAAGAUCUUCUUCUUUCCUCCCUAGAUGAUUCAUUUUCUCAGUUCAUAAUGAACUAUAAUAUGCAACAAAUGGAUCAUACUCUUUCUGAUCUUCUCAAUAUGCUGGUAACAGCUGAGAAGCAAAUUAAGAAAGAGAGUGGGAGUGCGGCUAUUAUCGCUUCUUCUUCAUCCAGUAAGUCCAAAUGUAAAGGCAAAGGGAAGAAGAAACAAGUGAUAAAGCCUAAGGGAGUAGUCCAAAAGAAGAAGAAGAAGGAACAAAAGGAACCAAAAGGUAUUUGUUUCUUUUGCAACAAAGAUGGGCACUGGAAGAGGAAUUGCAAAGCUUAUCUUGCAUCCUUGAAGAACAAGUCUUCAACAGAAGGACCUAGUGGGAGCAAGGAAGCUUAAAGCUGGAGAAAUUUCCCUACGUGUAGGAAAUGGCACAAGAGUUGAUGCCAAAGCCGUGGGGACUUAUAUUUUGAAGUUACCAUCAGGAGAUACAUUGGAG